ACCGCUGCUGAUCUCCAUGCGCCUUUCAAACACAGAGGAGAGGCGAUAGCCGGAAGUUGCCGUUUCGCCCCGCCCCCAGAGAAGUCUGCACGUGCGCCGUUCUGGGCGGUCCGGUGUGCGCUUGAAAGGCCUAACUGGAGCUGGCGAGCAGGGAAGAUGGAGGCUGACGCUUCGUUCGUGGAGCGCACAGUGAGGGAGGCGGCGACGUUAGUCGUCGGUCACUUCUUAAUGGCUCUCGAGAGCGAGCCGAGCUGUUCCGCGACCAGACCGUGCUUUGGUGAUGACCGCCGCCGGGCUCUCCGAGAGCAGCUGGCCGCCUCGGUGCAGGAGGUACUCCGAGCGGCGGUGGACGGCGUUCUCCGAGAGUUUAGGCGCUUCGCGGACAAGAGGAACACGGCGCUGUGCCUGGAGAUCACCGAGAAGGAGCGAGAAGUUCAGCAGCUCACCGAGCGUCUCGAGACCGUGGAGGGUGAACUGAGGCUGGCGAGGCGACGGCUGGACUCUGCACGGGCUUCUCCUCCAAGGUCUCGACCAGCAAACGUCGGGGAGAAGGAGCUCGAGGGUAAAGUGCGUGACACUUGCCCUGAGGGUCUGCAGCUCAGACGGGGCAGUGUGCCCUCCGAUUUGGGGCGAUCACAUCUGAGGAGAGAAGGUUUAGUGGACAGGACGAGCUCCGUAAACGGCGAAGAAGGAGACGCACCAUUCACCACUGACAAUGAUUUGUGUAUCAAGUUGAUAUGUGUUAAAGAAGAGGUCCAGCACCAGGAAAUCUGUAUGUCUGACACUGGGACUCCAAAUGUGGGCAUUUAUGACAAAGAGCAGGAGGAAGAGGACGACGACGACGAUCAUGACAGUUGUGGUAGCUUUGAUAAAAUCCUCGUACAUAUUAAAGAGGAGGACAGCAACCAGGAAUCCAUCCCUAGCCACACAGUAGACUCCGAGGUGGAGUCCAUCCACAGUUUAAACAACAACUAUUCCGUGCUAAAUGCCCUCUCUGUCAACACUACGUUUGAUGCCAGUAGAUCUUCCCAGUGUGGCUCUCACAGAAGGGGUAGCACCGCGUCUCACUUGCUGGCUGUGAACACUGAGCAAGGCACGUCUGGACUUUGUUGUCCCCAGGAGGAUUCUGAGAACAGUAAAGAUGGGGAUGGGCCAUCGGCCUUCGUCUCCAGAAUGGUGCAGACAGAUUCAAGAGAAUAUUCCGCACAUUUCUCUCCACAUUCAAAAGCGGACAAUGAAGAUUGGCAGUCAAGACAGGGUAGUGUUAGAGACUCUAAACAGCACAGUGCAAUGACCUCCGGAGAUGCUGCAGAAAGCUGCCAGUGGAUUGAAUAUAUCGUGACAGAGUCGGGAAGUGACUUAAAUGUAUCUGGAGCCAUUGAGAAUCCCCGCCGAGUCGAUGCUGGAAAGCGGCCAUACUCUUGUGAUGUUUGCGGGAAGUGCUUCAGAUGGAGAGGCGAUGUUCAGAAACAUAAAAAAAUACACACCGGGGAGAAACCGUACCCCUGUUCUGAAUGUGGGAAGCAUUUCAGGUGGAAAGGAGAUGUUCAGAAACAUAAGAAGAUUCACACGGGUGAGAAACCACACGCUUGUGAUGAGUGUGGGAAGCGUUUCAUCAAGAGAAACCACCUGAUUCGGCACCUGAAGACUCACACAGCAGAUAAACCAUACACUUGUGCGCAAUGCGGAGAUAUGUUCCGAUGGAAGUUAUCUUUUCAUAAGCAUCAAAAAAUGCACGUAGUCGAGCGGCCCAGCUGUUGCUUGGCUUGUGGAAUGAAGUUCUUAAAUAAGCAAGAUUUCUUGAUCCACCAGCAGAGUCACAGUGGGGAUAAACUGCAUCCUUGCCCCGAGUGUGGUAAACGGUUCAAGUGGAAAAGUGACGUUAAGAAACAUUUGAAAGUUCACACCGGGGAGAGACCGUACGUCUGUAGCGAAUGCUGCAAAGCGUUCACCAAAAAAAGCCAUCUAAACAGGCACAUGUUCAUUCAUUCAGAGAUCAAGCCGUACACUUGCAACGAAUGUGGAAGUCGGUUCAAAGGGAAAGUCACUUUCGAGAAGCACAAGAAAACUCAUCUGUGAAAGGAGGAGGAAGCAGCAGCAGCACCACUGAGUGUUCAGGUUCAGUUCUGGGAUUGGCUAGACUCGUAGACGGCUCCAAACCUUCCUUCCGUUGUGGGAAUUGAUGGGAAAAUUGCUGAUCUGAUUGUAUGUGUAAGUUUUACUGUCAGUCCUUUAAAGUGCAUUUGAGACAUAAUCAGAACUUUGGAUGAGAAGCUGGAGAGUAACAGAAGUGUACAUGAAACAUCCAAGAUCUGAAGGUGUAGUCUAAAAUAACACUUACUGUUCCCAGCAGCUGCGUGACGUUCCGCUUCCACGUGACAUUGUGAUUUACUGCUUUGUAGAAACAAAAAAAAGCUUUUGCGUUACUAGCAUGCAUAGCUGUGUAAAGUAGUAAAGAGGCUCAACAGUUAUGUUUUUAAUCUUCGUUUGAGUAUAUCCCUUAUUUUAUAAAAUCUGUACAAUUCCCACAAAUUUCUCAAGUACCUUCAAAUGCAAAGCAAGCUUUUCACCCUGGUGUGUGAACCGUUGUGAGCUAUUUGUAAAUGUGUACACGCCAUCGCUCAGAUGUGUUUGAAAUGAUUUAUUUGUAUUACCGUUGGCACAUCGAGUAUAAGGCGGGUGUGACAUUUUGAGUGCGUGACUCUGAAUUUUUACAUCCUCGUUCACAUAGAAACAGAGGCAGGAAAUGAACAAAUUGUUGUGGGAAAUUGCCAAGUGCAGCGCUCCGGGAUACUUGAGGGUCGUUUGCAAAAUGGAGGUUGGCUUGAUCAGUGGCAGGCUGUCGAUUUGCACUUCCCUUUUUUUGAUACAUAAGGGUGGCAUUACGGUUAAGGUUUAGGACUUGAGGCCCUGAGGUUGUGGGUUGUAGUCCUGUGUAACACUGAGCAAGUCACUUCACCUGCCGGUGCUCCAAUCACAGAAACAAAAGAAAUGCAGCCCAUUGUAUCUCACGUGUUGCAAGAUUCCCUGGAUAAAGGCAUCGGCCAAAUAAUAAUAAUAAUAUGCUGAGACAGCUUGAAAACAAGAUGUGAGCAUCGAGAUAUUAAAACUCCUUCUUAAUAGUGUUUUAAAAAAGAAAUAAAUAAAAUCUGUCACUGGAGGUUGAAACAUCUUCCCACAUCAUUCAUCAGAAAUAUAGUACAGUAUAUACACACAAGAUCUGUGGUGACCCGCGGGUCCUGCAGUCAACCAAAGGUGAAUACUGGAAAUCAUUCAAAUGAGGGGGUCACACAGCCUAAGAUAUUUGGAGUAAGAGGUCUUCUAACUGGCCAAGCAGUAUUGUGUGUUUGUAUGUGUGUCCUCGCCAGUUUCCAUCGGCUGGUAUUGGUGAAGUGGUUAGCGCUGUACUCUCAUGGAGCCAAAGCUCUGGUGCAGAGUUUGUGUGGGCUUCCUCGGAGGACUUUGAUUUUAAUCCAAUGUCCAUGAAGAGACAUGGACCAAGUUGGCCUGGAGUUGAGUGAGUGUACAUGCAUGUGAGUGCGGCCAGGAUAAGCCCCCCUCCGUCCCGACCGCUACCCCGUGACCCUGAAAUGAUUCGGGCAGGUUUGAGGGUAUUCUGUCAACUGCUACUACACUGCCUUAGCUUUACAGUCGUGGGAUGGUAGUGGCAUUUCUGCUAGAGAUGAUCAACGUCACAGUUUAAGAUUGAAGUUUGUCUCUGGUGUGAAGGAUGCUUAGUGCAACCUGCAUAAGGUCGUGUAAAACGAUCGAAAUAACUAAAUGAACAGAUCCGUCUGGCGAGUUUGAUGGAGGCACAGAGUAUUCAGAUUAUGACAAUACAGCAGCCCGUGCAAAUGAACUGUGAAAAUCAAAACAAUAUUAAAAUUUGCGUGCAGAUUUUUCCCUACUCGGUGUUCAUCAGAAGUGGCAUUUUUAAAAAGUUACAUUUGUGUGUGUGUGUGUGUGUGUGUGUACAUAUACACACGAUGACGGCUAUACAGCCCAAACAUUCUGUGUUUCACCUUUUCUUUUCAGCACUGAAUUGAACAUUUAACCCUUGUUUUCAUAUAUACACAAAAUAUACUGGAGAGCAGGAUGGUGGUGCGGUGGUAGAGCUGCUGUGUCACAGUAAGGAGACUGGGGGUUUGUGCUCCCUGCGUGACGUUUGCAUGUCCUCCCCAUGUCCUCUGGAUGCCUCCCACAGUCCAAAGAUCUGCAGGUUAGGUGGAUUGGCAACAUGGAAUUGGCCCUAGUAGGGGUGUGUGUGUGUGUGUGUGUGUUCACCCUGUGGUGGACUGCCUCUUUGUCCACAAAUUGUGCCUGCCUUGCCCCCCAUAAUUGCUCAGUUAGGCUCCAGUCCCCCCUCAAGCCACCUUCAGGUUAAAUGGGCUUAGAAAAUGGUAUGGGCAUUGCUAAAUUGGCCUUUCUGAGCAAAACUUUGUGUGUCUUCACCCUGUGAUGGACUGUCACUCUGUCCGGGUGGUGGUCCUGCCUUGUGCCCGACACUUGUUGAGGUGAGCUUAAGUGGCCUUGCUCUGGAUGAGCAGGUUUAGUUAAGAGAUAUAUAUAUAAAAAUAUGGGGUGCCAAACAGGCAAUUACAAUGAUUUUUGGAAUAUAUAAAGUCAGCGUUGGAAUAUAUAAAGUCAUUCCUGAAUAUAUAAAUUUAAAGUCAGAUUAUAUUGAUAUUGAUUGAAACGACUCGGGCACAUUUUUAGUAAACUCAAUGAGUUCCUAAUAUAACGUAAUGAAAUAAGUUAACAAAAACAUCUUCAGAAAAAUAAACACUGUUUAGUUAAUUUAUUCAAAAUUAUGUAUGUGCCUGGCAUUUUGAACACUUUUUAUUUAUUCUUUUUGUAGGGGUGCAUUUUUGGACAAACCUCACAAGCCCAAUCGACUUCUCUCGAACUUUACCUUUCACUAGUACGAGUGAAAUGAUGAGCACGGAAAUUAGAGAAUAUUUGAUGGAACUAGACAAUUUUAUUUGUGAAUUGUCUUAAUUUUAUAUAUUCGGGAAUGAUUUUAUAUAUUCUGACGUUGACUUUAUAUAUUCAAGUUUUGACUUUAUAAAUUUGGGAAUGACUUUUAUAUAUUCCGCUGCUGACUUUAAAUAAUCAGGUUUUGGUGUUAUAUAUACAGAACACUGACUAUAUAUAUUCCGAAAAUCAUUAUAUUAGCCUGUUUGGCACCCCAUAAAAAAUAUAUAUAUAUAAUUUAAAAUAUGUAUGUGUGUGUGUAUAUUAUAUGUAUGUAAGGUUUUUGUUGGAUCCAUAGUGCCAGGUGUACAGAUAGAGUCCAGUGACGUUUUUGUUGCAUGUGCUAAUCAUCAUGCAAUGCCAAUGUGCCAGGAUCAGAGAGUAGAACCUCCUUACCUCAAAACUUCAGUCUUCCUUAACUAGUGAUGAGCAAAACAAUUUGAUUUUGCAGUAACACAUUGUGAGUGUCCAUAAUGUUAAUAUGAAAUACUUGAAUAGAUUUUCCUGAAAGCCCUUUGUCAGUCGGUUGACCACAUUCUCAUCUUAAGACUUGCGCUUGGUGGUCCAUCAAACGUGUCCGUCACUGAUGCCCAACAGCCAAUCGAAGAGCAGAUUGUCGGUGCUUUUUAAAGUACAGAAAAUAUAAAGAAUAAAACACAGCAGACAACGUAACACAAGUGUUUGUUCUGACAAUAUCAGCCUCAAAUGUUCUCUCAUUUUGAUGAUUUUUUUUAACAAUUUAAAAAUAAUGUAAACGUUGGACAGCCCGCCACACAUUUGUAUUUCUCUGUCAAAUUUUAACCGUUGGUGUUUCUUUAUUUUGAAGAAGAUGCAAUGUAAAUAAAAUUGAAAAAUAAAAGUAAGCCCCCGCUGAGCUCUGACAUGGCCUUCUAGCAGUGCUUCUAAAAGCUGACGGCCUUCACCGUGUGAGAGUUGUCCUGCACGUGUUGACAUUGGGUGUGCAGGGGAGUUAAGUGAAGGCUACAUUUUGCGUUAAAGUUCUGUUCAGACGCAGAGCUGCCCUCGAAGGCCUACGACUGCUGCAUUGUGGACUUGCAGGGAAAUUAAAACCGGAAAGCCGGCCAUACAAAUGCACCCUGCCGGUGGAGUUGGUCUGAACGCUGGCACUUGUGGAGCUGAGCUGAUGCAUGUGUGAGGCAGCCUUUUGUUUUUACUGGGGGUUUCAGUCAAGUUGUAUUUAAACGUAAGGCCUCAACUGUAAAUGUGUAUUACUUUAUUUUUAAAAUGACUUCUUCAUUUUGUUUUUUGUACUGUACUGAGUUAGUUUUACUACUGUGACUGAUUACGUGGGCCACUGUGUUUUAAUUUAUUGUGCUUAGAAAAAAAUUAAAUAUAUGCAUACCUGUGGGUUUAAUUUAUUUUUAUGGAUUAUUUGAAAAUUGUAUUGGUCUGUACAGCUUAAAUUUAGGGGUUAUAUAUUAGUGUUGGAUUAGUAUCAAAUUUUUCACUUCAAUUGAUUCUGUAAAAGUCCUUAAAAACACUACGCCAUCUUAAAGGGUCAGCAUAAAUAAACUGUAAUGGCUGACAAUGGAAGCGUGCGUACGGUCGCUGAGCUUCAGGUUUGGAGGAUGUGCAGGUCAGAAGGACAAGUUCUUAAGUGACACAGGUUUGUGUUAUUUUGUGGACCCGGCCUUACCCACUAAGGAGUUCCUUAUCUGUGCCACAGCUGCCCAGUUAUUCUGGGUUCACAUGCAAACCCGGUAACUCUUUGGAGUUUGUGUGUGUGUGGACUUUCUCUGGGUGUUCCAUUUUUGUUAGUAUGCCCCACAUAUGGGAUGUCAAACUCGUAUCCCUGGAGGGUUGUAGUGGUUGCAAGCUUGUAUUUCGAACACAAACUUUAUCAGCAUCCAGUUACUAAUGCUAAAGGCACAGACGGUGACUUCCAUUUCUGUUGUUUCAUUUUGUCAACGAGCAGCCAAACGGUAAUGAAAUGCAAAGCCAACCUGCAGAUACAGGCAGGUCUCUAAGCAUUUGGCCAGUGACGCCAUUUUCAUAAUUUUGGCCCUGUACACCACCACAAUCGAUUUGAAACCAAGCAGUCAAGUGUAGACUUUCAGUUUUAAUUUAAGGGGUUUAACACAAAUAUCGUAUGAGCCAUUUAGAAAAGACAGCCAUUUUCAUACAUGGUUCCCUUAUUUUCAGAGGCUCAGAAUUAGUUGGACAAACUACCAUAUAAUGAUUUGGUUGAAAAUCCUUUCCAGUCGAUGACUGCCUGAAGUCUGAACCCCUGGCCAUCUCCAAGUGCUGGGUCUCCACCCUCCUGAUGCUUUACCAGGCCUCUACUGCUGCUGUCUGCAGGUGCUGCUUGUCUGCUGAACUCUGUCAUCCAUUUUGUCUUCAGUAAGUGACAUGCAUGUCCAAUUCGGUUGAGAUGAAUUGAUUGACGUUGAAUAUUCUACCUGUGGUGGGCUGGCGCCCUGCCCGGGGUUUGUUUCCUGCCUUGCACCCUGGGAUUGGCUCCAGCGGACCCCCGUGACCUUGUAGUUGGGAUAUAGCGGGUUGGAUAAUGGAUGGAUAGAUGAAUAUUCUACUCGUUUUCCUUGAAAAUCCCUUGGUUUGCUGUCCCAGUGUGUUUUGGCUCCUUGUCCAUCUGUACUGUGAAGUGUCGUCUUAUCGGUUAUGCAGCAUUUUUCUGAAUCAGAAUACGGCCCUGGACAUUUCAGAAUUCAUCCUGCUACUUCUGGCAGCAGUUACAUCAUCAAUAAACUCGAGGGACCGACUUACAUUGGCAGCCAUGCGUGAUCAGGCCAUGACACGGCCUCUGCCAUGUUUCACACAUGAUGAUGUAUUCAUCAGAUUGUGAGUCGUUUCUUCUCUUCCCUUUCCUACAUUCUGGCACAUAUUGAUGUUAGCUUCCUUUGUCCAAAGAAAAUUGUUCCACAACUGGACAGGUUUUUAAAAAUUAUUCUUUCUGGUGAAAUCUAAUCUGCCCUUCCUAUGCUUGUGGUUUGCAGUCUUUUCUUCCAUGUAGACUUUGGCCAUGGUAGGUCUACCUCCCAGUGAGUGUUCUUGGUUUGGUUAAAUGUUGUGAAUUGGUGGUUCUUCUGCAAUCAUCCAGCAGAGCGGUCAUCUGUGGUUUUCCAGACCUUCUGGUGUUGCUGAGCUCACCAGUGUGUUCCUUCUCAUUAAGAAUCUACCAGAUGGUUGAUUUGACCACUCCUGGUGUGUGUGUCUGCUAUCUCUCUGAUGGAUUUCUUUUGUUUUCUCUACCUAAUGAUUUUUACUUGCAUGGAUAUCUCUCUGGACCUCAUCUUGAGAGAUGACAGCGCCAGCUCCACACUUGGAGUCUACUUCAGCCCUUCUACAUGCUUAAUGGCUCAUGAAGUAAUGAGGGACCUGCUUCCACCUGGCUAUGGAACAGCUUUUGAGUUGAAUGUCCAUAUACUUUUGAGCCCCGGGAAUUGGGGUGUAUAGGCAGAGAAAUGGCUGUCAUUCCCAAACAGCUGACGUGACAUUUUUGGUAAACUUCUUAAAGUAAAGCUGAAGCUGUACAAUUAAAUCCAUUGUGCUAUUGUACAGAGAUAAAAUUAUGAAAAUUGUCAAAUACUUAUGGGCCUGACUAUAGAUCUCAUUUGCACCUGUGUCUUUUAUAUAAUAUCUGUCUCAAUAAAAUCUCUUAAAAAAAAUAAAUAAAUAAAGGUCUGAAAUAGUGUUCUGUUCUGCCCCACAAAAUAUUUGGUUGGUGAUCUCGGCAAAAGGAAAAUCGGGCAGAAUAAGGUCACUAAUUACUGAGCUCAAACAAUCUAAGAUGCAGGUGCUAGUAGGAGAUGUGGACAAAGUGAACACCCUGAGCCAGUUUUUAAACCGGUUUUCUUCUCCCACUGCCAC